AUGCCGAUUAUGCGCAGGGUGAUAUCGUACGCCCUAAACGGGGCGCCUGUAGCAUCAAGCGACGCUAAACGGCAGGCACUGGAGGGCGAGAUAACAGUUGCCAGUGCCAAUAUCCAGAAACCACCCACCAGGAGUGCUAAAUUACUGCAGAUGCAUGAUUUAAUGGAAAAUGGAAGAGAUACAAUAGCACCAAAUGCCAAAAUACCACGUAUCAUGACAUCAUACAAUGGAUUGAUACACGGUACAGUAACACGAGACCAACAAGAGGAGAUUGAAGGUGCACAGAUAAAAUACAAUAAUACGGUUGCAGAGGAUACCGACAUAAGACAAUGCCGAUACCAAACACGCCGAUCGGUAAGAGCGUUAGCUGCAAGCAACGUACGGUCAGGAUAUGCGCCUACCAUACGUUACCGUAGCGAAGACACGGGUAAAGUGAUGGACCUUCUCUUGAAUAAUGUUGAAUCUUUUGGAGACUGUGAUUCUAUAAAAAAUGAACUGGAAAGGCCUCUAUGCCUGGAGAAUGAUCUUCAGGUUACUGCGAGUAGGCCCAUACAGAGGAAAAUCCCGAUGCACUGUACAAUAUCGCUAAAAAGCGCCAACAUGCGAAAACUUCGAGAGUUGGAACCAGAGGCAUACACUGUUAGAAGCACUGUUUCCCCUUCAAUAACCGAGCCUCAAGAUAAUGAUAGUAGCACUACGUCGCCUGCCGGUAACGCGUUGCACGCAACGGCAAACAUCGACAUUGGGGAACAGACAGUAUCACCAAGUGUUGACCCGGUUUUUCAGGGUAAUACUAUGGUUGAAUCUACUUCUAAUAACGAUGAGAAAACGGAUAAUGUUGAAUCCAAGACUGUGACAACACGCCAAAAAAGAGCUGCUCGAAAAAAAGAAACCAAAACCAAGUCUAAACGGGUAACACGAUCUACUAUAAAAGACCUUCAAAAUGCCGAAAAAUUGGCGUUGAAGAACGAUGAUGUUGCGAAUAAUGAUGGGCUCGUCGAGAAAACAGACGUGUUAUCCGCAGCUCCGGUAAAAGCCGAUGAAACAAACAUCGCAAUAUCAGAAAACAUCGAAACAGGUGAAACUACUACACAAGAGAGUGAGAACUGCAAUAAUAAUGAAGAACCGGUUGCCGAAAAAGGUACAAUGGAGGAAGAAGAGAAUGUGGUUACGGCAGAUAACACCCCGGAGGACGGUGUGAGUUCAACAGUUCCACUCAAGAUAGAUAUUGACGAUCUGGAUACUCAUGAUAACGUGCUUGAAAUUGAACUCGCCAGUACUGCUACCCCAACGGAAUGCAGUCAAGGUUUCAAGACCGAUGAAACAAUCGACGAAGAGAAGUCCGAAUCACCGGAAUCGAAACCUAAAGUUGGCCGUGGAAAGUACAAACGAACAAAUAAACGCAAGAAGGGUGAAGGUGAAGCUGCACCGGCCAAAGCUACCAAGAGCCGGGGACGUAAAACUGUUAUAAACGACGUGCUGUUCAACGCAUUACACGACUUGAAUUUAUGCAGAUUGAAUACACCAAUACCGUCACAGGUGUUUGACAUUGGCACGGAAGAAGAGAUCGUUAUAACAGGGUCAUUGGAUGAGCACGAGCUCGACUGCAAUUGUUGUGACUCUGAAUUGUUAGACAUGCGGGAAUUUGGAGAGCCGAUUGGCCCUGAAAAUGUGGCAUUUUUUUCAAAAUGUCAUUUGUGCAUUAAUCCACAAGGUACCCCUUGUUGGUGUUGUUGCUACAUUGACUUUUUUGGAUCGUUUGCUCAGAAGAGGUUCGUCGUCGAUGUCUUUGGUUUCGAGAUGGCCGAGGGUCUGGCGCGCCGUAGUAGAGAGAAUGCUGAAAUGAUAUUCCACAUGUUAUGGAUGCAGCAAAACAAGAAACUGCUCGACUGCAACAUUCCACAGAAUGCGUCGAUGGCAGUGCUACAACAAUACGCGCAACUUAAGCACGUGAUCAUGCGUAUUGAUCGAAUGGGGUUCUUAGCCAGCCAAAUGCGGCGCGCCAUUCGGCUUUAG